AUGCGGUUCGACACGACGCGAUACGACGCGACACGACACGACACGACACGACACGACACGACACGACACGCCGCGCCACGCCGCGCCACGCCGCGCCACGCCGCGCCACGCCGCGCCACGCCGCGCCACGCCACGCCACGCCACGCCACGCCACGCCAACACCUCCAUCCAAGGGGAGAGGGCUUUGAUCAGACUCGGCGGAAGAUGGCGGCACGAGUGGCCCGAACAGCCUCCGGUCUGUUCGUGAGUUGGCAUAAGACAAUGCAAAGUGAGAAUUCAACCCUGUGCUCUUUGGCUGCGCCAGAUUGCUUGCUUCUCCCCGUCUAUACCGAUGAAAAGAAGAAACUGUUGAGUGUUUGUUCGGCAACAGUCGCGUUUUUAUCAGUGUUCAUUGAUUUAGCGGCCGCAGUUUCAUAAGCAGUUUGUUGACUUUGUGCAGUGAAACGCAUCGAAGUUCGGUGACUCCAUUUCCUUGGCUGCGAAUAAAAUUCUGGUGUUGGUAAAUGGAGUAAAAAUCAAUUUUCGUGGGACGUCUUUACCCGUCCUUCUUUAUGGUGGAUUAAGUGCGGCUGUUGUUAAAAGUAGACUUCACAUUCCUCUAAAUUUCUUUGCCCCUCCCCCUUUGUUGUGAAUUAAGUGCUGCUAUUGUUUAGAGUAGAGAACAUUACUUACUCUGGCACAUCUUUCCCUCUCCUCGUUUUCUGUAAAAUA